CGGUACCCUUCAGGUCUCACUCGUUCUCGGCCUUCACACAUUUUGUGGGGCUAAUUAAGGAAUCUUUCAACCAGUAAGGCUAAGGUGUGCAUCCAGCGUUUACUGAAGGAAAAAAAGACGGAGGUGACCAGGUGUGGUUGUUGUGUGUGGAGGACGUCUCGCUGCUGCUGUAGGGAGCGUCAGGAACAUGAUGCUGUUGUUGGUGGCCGUGAUGUGUGCGGGCGGCGGGGCGUGGGCAGCACGACCCAUGCCCCAGUACGCAUGUCCCCGGGGGUCAUGGUGUGUGGCCAGCGAAUACUGUGAAUCAGACCAAGUGGCCUACCAGUACACUCCUCCUCAGGACGACUCGACUCUUCAGAACACCACGCAAGACUCCAUGUACUACGUGUGCGGCCAUGCGGUGGGCAGUGAAGGGACGGUGUGCUGCAGGAACAAGACCAAGCUGCCGACAACCUUCACACCAUCUCCCACAAACUGGUUCUACACAAACCAGAACUCUACUACUGAGGGUGAGAGCGAGGUGGUGGAGCCAUGGCCCGGCUACAGUGACCGCGACCACCACUCAUCGCACCGUCAGCCCGCCCUCUGCCCCCACUCCAGUGUGUGCACCCCUGCCACCGUCUGUCCCGGCCCCAGCGUCACCUACUCCGCCGCUAUAUUCACCAGAAUCGGCAAGAAAAAGUACCUGUGUGGCCAGACUUGGGACACCCGUGCCUGGGCCUGCUGCUCUCUCCACACACUUGUGAACGCUCUCGUCGCCUACAAGGACAGAAAAAGCUCCCCUGAAGACCGUGAUGAGAAUGAUAAAGCUGUGAUUAUCAACAUCAACUUCAGAAUGCAGAUGGAAAACAAGGCACCAGACGCAGAGUUGUAUAAAUACAGGCUGUCCUUCAACCCGUCUGACGCCCACGUGAGCUUUGACGACCCCGGCCACGAGGACAAGCUUGGCCUGCCUGACCACUACGACAGUGAACGUGGUAAUGAGCUAGUAGACUCGCUCCUCAUCACGACAGAAGCAAAUGACAUUAAAAAGAGACUCCGGCGAGAUGCUACAACAGGCAGUGACAGUCUCUCUAUUGAAGGUGACGGUGCUGGGGUCCAGGCUGCAUCUGCAGUAACUUCCAAUGUGACUGUGUUCACAGUUGCGCCAUCAGCCACCCUCGACGGCAAUAACCAGACUUCGGCUUCGUCAAAGGCUCGCUCCUUCAGCGGCUCCGCUUCUCACCAGAGUUCCCCAGUGAACACUGAUUGUGGAAGAUCACUGGGAGCACCACUAAAUGCUCCCCGCUCUAAACUGAGCAGUGAUACCAGCCCUGCCAAGGAGGGAGAGUAUCCAUGGCAUGUGGCUAUCCUGUCAAUCAAGCAGGAGUAUCUGUGUGGAGGAGUCGUGGUGGCAGACCGUCAUGUCCUCACUGUCGCCCACUGCAUCCAACAUCUGACCGCCAGAGAUAUAUUGGUUCGUGUUGGUGACUAUGACCUGUCCACUGAUAGUGAGAAAUACCCCACUUAUGAUGUCACUGUUGUCAGCAUCACUACUCACCCAGAAUACAGGCGGAACACCUUGAAGGCAGACAUCUCAUUGAUACGGGUAGAGUACCAGCUGCUGUCACUACCUAACGUGGCCAGAGUGUGUUUCCCUAAUGAAGUAUCGACACACGACCGACAAGAGUGUUAUGUCCCUGCCUGGGGCUUUGUUGAGCCAGCAAAAGGAGGCUGGGAGCGGUACAAGAACUUCAGCCCCGUCUUGAGAGACUCCCGCUUCGUGAUCAUCGACCGUACUAAGUGUGAGAGACAGUUUAGAGAGUCGAAGACCCUUGGCUCUUUCUUCAAGCUCUUGCAAGGAUUUAUCUGUUGCAAGGGCAUACUACAGUCUGAUACCUGUCAUGGAGACGGAGGAAGUGGCCUUGUGUGUCGUGCCUCAGGAGGGAGAUUUGUACUGCAUGGCUUGGUGUCCUGGAGUGUCGGCUGUGAUUAUGGACUGCCCACUGCCUUUGUGGAUACCGGUUUCUACCUGCAAUUCAUCUUGACCACUAUCGGUUCAACUACAUUCCAAGGAUACACUUCUCUUACGAGUAGCACUUACGAUUCGUCUGGCUAUGGCGGAAGCGCACCCGCUGCUGGCUAUGGCGGAAGCGCACCCGCUGCUGGCUAUGGCGGAAGCGCACCCGCUGCUGGCUAUGGCGGAAGCGCACCCGCUGCUGGCUAUGGCGGAAGCGCACCUUCUGGCUUUGAUGUCACUGGACAAACUUUUGCACCUAUCAUUGGUAGUGGAUAUGUAGCAUAUUCAGACCCUUACCUUACUGGCGUUGUUAAUAACAAACGCAAACCAGAACCUACUGAAGAAGUCCAGCACGUCGACCUUCAUCGUCCCUCUAGUUUCGAGACGAAAGAAAAACCUUCUGGAGUUGGUUAUACUGACGAUGACUACCGCCCUCAUCCAGGCAGGUACCCUCCAGUAAGUGUAAACAAAGGUGACGGAUACCCAUCACGUUACACGGACGAUGGGAAAUACACCGCAUAUAAGGGAGACUACCAAUCUGAGAGCUAUCAUAAGGGCUACGACCAUGCAGACCUGCACAAGCAGGAUGGCUACCAUACUUCAGGGUACGAGUCCAAGGCAUAUGAAUACAAAGCUGGCUACAAGGAUGGUGAAGAGUACUAUGACUCUGAUGAUGAUCAAUACGAAUCUGAUUACAAGGGCGGCUACAAGGAUGGAGGCUAUGGCAAGGAUGGAGGCUAUGGCAAGGACGGAGGCUAUGGCAAGGACGGAGGCUAUGGCAAGGACGGAGGCUAUGGCAAGGACGGAGGCUAUGGCAAGGACGGAGGCUAUGGCAAGGACGGAGGCUAUGGCAAGGACGGAGGCUAUGGCAAGGACGGAGGCUAUGGCAAGGACGGAGGCUAUGGCAAGGACGGAGGCUAUGGCAAGGACGGAGGCUAUGGCAAGGACGGAGGCUAUGGCAAGGACUCUGACUACCAGGGUGGUAAAUAUUACGAUGGUGGCGACUACUACGAAAAUUAUGGUAAAUAUUAUAUGGAUGGCAACUACUAUGAGUCUGACUAUAAGUAUGGUACAUAUUAUAAGGAUGGCGACUAUGAGGAUGAUUACGAUGCUGACUACAAGAAUAUUGAAUAUCAAGAGACUGACUAUGACGGCACGCCGGGCUACGGGACUGACUAUGACGGCACGCCGGGCUACGGGACUGACUAUGACGGCACGCCGGGCUACGGGACUGACUAUGACGGCAAGCCGGGCUACGGGACUGACUAUGACGGCAAGCCGGGCUACGGGACUGACUAUGACGGCAAGCCGGGCUACGGGACUGACUAUGACGGCAAGCCGGGCUACGGGACUGACUAUGACGGCAAGCCGGGCGACGGGACUGACAGCCUACACCACCACCACCACCACCAUACUGCUGGCUACGAAGAUACAGAAACGGAUUCCCAUGAUAAAGAUGCAGCCUCCUUGCAUGGUAUUGUUGGGUACCUGAAGAAGCGUUUCACCUAGUAAGCCGCUGGGACAGGAUUUUAAAUGUUCUCUUGUUUUAUAUUUAAGUUGUAUCUUUCUGUGAACUAUCUGUUAAGAGCAUUAAUAUAAAUAAAGUAUUUUUAUAAA